GUGGGACAAUUCUUCCUGGGUGCUGCCAAACCAUGCUCGAGCUGCAGUUAACAUCGGGCGAAAGUGAAAGUUUCUUCCAUCUGACCGUCACCGGUCAACUGGAAUCCGCUUACUUCCCGAUGGGUCCGGAUGGCAGUGGGCUCUUCUGCCGCUACGACAUCGUGGCCGGCCCGGACUGGGAGUUGGUGUCCGGUCUGCAGUCGGCCGUCACGCAAAGUGCCCGCACUGAGUCCGAUUACCGGACGGUCGUGUUCAACAUGCCGAUCGAGUUUACGAUGAAAUCAACCAACCCGUACGGUUGGCCACAGAUCAUCUUCAGUCUGUACGGUGCGAACGUGUGGAACGUGGAAACUAACCGGGGUUACGCGCGCGUUCACUGCCCACUGAGCGGGUCUCACUCGGCGGAGCGCACCCUGCGUGCGCCUCUCUUCAUCCCAAAGUACGCCAACGCCUGUUCGGCGGUGAUGAGCUGGAUCAGUGGCGUCAAUCCGGAGAUGCGAGACCCCAAGAUUCUGGCUGACGGGUCAAAGCACAAGGGUCUGUCGUCGGAGACGUACGGCGAGCUGGUGGUGAAGCUGUGCGCCAUUUCGCGUGGCAGUACCCGGAUGGCGCUCGAUUGGGGCCAAGCGGCGCUAGUGGACGACAAAUUUUGAGGAGCAAUUAUCCAACGCGCGCCGAUUGGAGGACGACUGGUCUAAUGAAUAAAGUGUCUCUCUACAUGCUAUGCUUCUGUUGACGAUCUACGGUCCCGGUCCGGCGGCGGGGACCGACUAAAUGUACAUCGGCACAAACGGUUCCUUCGUGACGAUCGGAUCCGUGCGGUAGGCCCGGGUGAUGAUUGGUACUUCCUUCGGCUCGCGGCUAGCGGCCGCCCGCGACUCGAGGGUCGGUUCGUGGUGGAACUGUUUUCUGUAGAACUCGCUCUUGCCGCCCGUCUUCUCCACCAGCAUAAUGUUCUUGAUGAGUAUCUCGUGCGAAACCGCCUUGCACAUGUCGUACACGGUCAGGGCGGCGACCGAAACCGCCGUCAGGGCUUCCAUCUCUACGCCCGUCUUGCCGUCGCACUUUACCUUGGCCAGAAUGUGGACCUCGUUCGUGGAGCUGUUCAGGCUCGUUUCAACC